AUGGCAUCGGAUUCGCAAGGGCCGGUGGUAGCCGGCAUUGCCGUGGGAUUCCUCGCAUUGACUAUCAUCGUUUUGUCGCUACGGAUGUUUUCCCGCGUUGUUGUCCUGGGAAAGAUGGGAAUUGAUGAUUACCUCAUUAUCGGUGCCUGCCUUUUCUCGUGGUCAUUCUCGGCGGUUACCGUUGUUGCGGUCAAGAACGGAUUGGGAUCCCACCUUGAAGAUGUUGACCCUAGUCAUCUCGAAACCUACGCUUUUGUCGUUUGGUUAAGCUCGAUGUUUUAUUUGAGCACUCUGGGCUUUAUCAAGUCUUCCGUAUGCGUGUUCUACACUCGCCUGGGGGAUCGAUACCUCACGCGACUGUCCUUGGUGAUGCUGGUGGUGGUGGUCGCGCAGGCGCUUUCUUUCGUCUUGACGGCUGCGUUCCAGUGCAAUCCUAUUCCCAAGGCAUGGAGCACGGCAUUGCCAGGAAAAUGCGUCCAAAUUAAUGUCUUCUACUUGGCCAACACCGCCCUCAACAUUCUCACCGACCUCCUGUCUUACUCCUUACCCGCGCGAAUCAUUUUCCGACUGCAGAUGCCGAUGAAACAGAAGAUUGCAUUGGCGUUUAUUCUGUGUUUGGGACUGUUCGCCUGCGUAUCCUCCAUUAUCCGGAUCACCUACAUUCCCGCCAUGCUCACCUCGCCUGAUACCACCCACGCCAUUAGCGAUGCCAUGUGCUGGUCCGUGAUCGAAAUCAACGUCGGCAUCUUCGCGUCGUCCAUUCCCUCCUUCAAAGCCAUCACUUCGCGCUUCCUUCCCCGGCUCGUCGGCGAAUACUCUUCGGGCAAAGGAUACUACUGGCCGGGAAACAGCAAGAAGUACGGGUCGGGCUUCUCGAAAGUGCGCGAUCAGAGGAUUGCGCUCGACAAUAUGCCAGGCAAGCACCCCGACGGAGAACAUACAGCCGGCACGGAAAUCCACGAGCCAUUUGGGAACAGUACCAGUAAGGAGCGGAUUAUUAUUCCCGAGGGCCGGAUCUACACUCGGACAGACAUUGAGACGAGCGUGGAAGAAUGUCCGACGGCCGGGUCGCCUCGUUCAGCACAUGGGGCGCGUUUCUAUCCGUAG